AUGACCUCCGCCACCUACUACUACAACAACUACUUUAACCCCUACCUGUACAAGUAUGGCGGCCUGGGUCUUGGCCUGGGGCUGGGCGGCUUGGCUUUGGCUAUGGUGGUCUGUACAACGGUAAUCGUCGUUGUUCUGUGCGCCCUCGUGGCUGUCAGCCAAGCCGGCUUCAUCUCCCCUGGCUACGGCUAUGGUGGAUACGGCUACGGCAUUGGUGGUCUUGGUGGUCUUGGACGUCUUGGCGGCAUUGGCGGCAUUGGUGGCAUUGGCGGCUGGGGCGGCAUUGGAGGUCUCGGCGGCUACGGUGGGUUUGGAGGCUACGGUGGUUACGGCGGCUAUGGCUAUGGCGGUGGCUUCCCAUUCAAAGGCUACUACGACUAA